AUGCACUCGGUCCGAUCGAUUUUUAAUUCUUUACGACUUUCAAGUUUGCCUUCUCCCAAAAACUUUUACGGUAUUGACGAACCAGUCACACUUUUGAAUGCGAAUCCUCAUGCAAAACCAUUAAUGUUUCGAAGUGUUUUUUCGAACGCGUCCGACAUUUCGAAACUUUCCACCAAUGAAAUUGCUGAUGUGAUGAAACACAACUUUGAAAUGUUCGAUCAAAGCAAAAAUUACGAACAGCUUAUCACAUUGUGUUCGAUUUGGAUGAAGGCGUAUCAGGUCGACAGUUUUCAAAUUUUGGAUCAAUAUUUGAGACAACAAUUGGAUUUGGAUUGUCGUUUGGUUGCUCGUUUACCAAAUUUGGGAGAUACAAGAGAAAAGAUUGUUCAUCCACUGAAACGAAACGAAUGUACUUCAGGUGCUGCACUUCAGUAUAUCGUCAAUGUGGUACCAAGAGAAGAAUUUGAAGAUUUUCUUCUUUCUCAGCAAAUGUCAGAGAAGGAAAAUUAUGACCGAUUGUCACGUGCAGGAUUUUCGGAGCAGAUUUUAAGUCAUGAAACUCAAAAGAAACCUUCUCCGCACGUUAAAGGAUCCAUGUUCGAAAAGUCGAAUCAGAAAGAAAAUGCUUUGGAUGAAAUGGAACUCUACACCACGUGUCGUGCGUUUCCCAUGUUUCAAAUUGUAGAUUAG